GUAAGCUUGGCAUGGAUGAGGCCUUUGUGAAGUCGCAUUUGGUCAUCGUGGACUCUUCAUACCGUUUGGACGAGGAGGUAGAAUAUUCCCGGUCCUACCCUGGGCUGAAGACUGUGUACAACAUCCACACGGUGAAGUGCAGGGUCAAGGAUGUGGACAAUCCUGAGAUGUCAUUCAUUGGGCUUCCUGAAG